GUGGCAGAGACGCUCUUCACGGGGUUCCUGUUAACCAUAAACACGCUGAAAGAGCUAUAUUUGGAAGAUUCCAGGCUCAUAUGCGACGCUUAUCCACAUGCCAUAAGCGACUACCUCGGUACGACCAUGGUGCUAACUGUUCUUUCCUUCAAAAUAAAACACGAAGUGGUUCAGCGGGCUAUAUUAGAUGGCGUUUUGAGAAACAGAAGUAUCGAGAAGCUCUCUAUCGGAUGUUUUAUUGGAAACGACCAAAGCACGGCACAAGUAGCUGCAGUGAUCAGCGGGAACAGCCUGAUUCGCGACUUGACCAUUUCGCUCGUAUGUAAUUAUUUGGAUGAGCCAAAUUUCAUUUACGGCUGCUGGAUUCCUCCACUCACUCAAAGCGACACAUUAGAAGAAGUGAGAUUUCUUUUGAGCAUAUUCUCUCCGUCAGAGUGGGUCACUCUUAUCAGGGCGCUGCCGAAAAAACAAAAUCUAAAGAAGGUGCACAUCGAUGCAAAAAGCGGCAGCGAGCAACUCCAUCUUGUCUGCGCAGAGAUUGAAAGUAUUGGCUGGGAAGAAAAUGUUUCCAUCACAGACUACUGCUACUGCCACGACGUUGAGUUUCUACGCGGCAAAGCAAUUUCUGACGUAAGUUUUUGCUAUUCACUACCUGAUGACUGCCUAGUAGACGCUUUGCGUGUCUUGCCAAGCUGUCAGCACGUGAGCCAGGUGAGCAUCGACUUGAUGACGGGCAACAUGAGAGUGUCUUUGGCAUUGGCUGAAUAUUUAAAAUCAACGAUUGCGCUGCGACAUCUCGAGCUUAUCGUGGUGCGGGACAUCGUGGUCGAUGCCGAGGGAGCAAGCCCGUGUUGGUCAGUCAUACACGAGUCCCUGUCUCGAAACAAUAGCCUGAGGUAUCUGAAGGCUUCAGUGUUUAAUUACAGCCCGCAAGACAUCGAGGACUUGGCCGACGCAGUCAAACGAAGUCAGAGCAUCACAGGGGUCAAGUUUAUCAACAAGACCACGAGAAACUCCACCAUCUUCGUACGAUGCCUUUCAAAGCGCAUUGAAGACAACUGCACGCUGCUGAGCGUGUUUUCCUGGUGCAGCAUAGACACGGAUGCCGCUGGACACUGGUUCACUAUCUGCGAGACGACGCGGAGGAACGCGGGUCUUGUCGCAAGGGCAGCUCGAUUUAUGAAGGCUUCACAUUUGGACAGGUACGUCACCGGAGCUCUGGAGCAUGUCGCCCGGUACCCUGUCCUACUGGACGAGGUUGCUGAGCAGGGCCACAUCGACAAAUCAGAAAUCGUCGACUUGGUGCGCGACCGUCUGAAAACAGCCGAUUCCAUGGACGGAUUCAUGCGGGUCGUCGGAGUCGUCAGGGAGCGAGUCAUUUGCCAUCCACAAAACGAGGGCCAUAUGCAGCUGGACGACCUGAUCGAGGACUGCUGGAUGCACGUGCGACGUUACCUCCUGAUAGAUGACGUCAAGCACGGCAUUAGAUCUGAGUGAAAGGAAGCUUACGUCAACGGCCGAUGGACGGUAACCUCAGCGUGGUAACCUCAGUCUGAUGUCAGCCAGUUUCUGACUGAGCUAGUACGUGUAUAGGUGUUCGUUCAAUACGCAACUGCAGUAGAGUUUGUGAUUGGCCAGUGAGUACAGCGCCAUCUGUCGCAGCCACAAAGCACAAGACGAACUUUCCGAAAGGGCAAUGACUGUAAAGGAGUUAACAGGUUUGGACAUGAGAGUGCAUAUGUUUGUAUUUGUCAUUAGUAGACUACAACCGUUGAAAGAGAUGGGUCGCCGUUUUGCUGCUGAAGGUUCGUGGUUCUCUGUGUUGUGAUGGGAAAUAAAAGACACGCAAAACUACACGGACAGAAAUGCUGUAAGACGGCAGCUCGGCUGUGUCAGACCUCACGCAUGCGAUGGCCAUUGCCGCAGUAAAGAUCCACAUGAAGGCACGACAUGUGGUUUCAUUAAUGGGUAUACGAGAAACUUUCGUAAACAUCAGGAAUAAAGUAAGUGCACACAACUGUUCUUGUGCGGGAUGAAAACGACGCGAUGCGCACAGCAGAGGAAAUCGCAGACUGUUUUUAUUUAUUCUCCACCACGCACGACUUCCAAAUUUGUUUCUCGCUAGUACUCAG